GUUAGUGUCUCGUCAUCAUCCAAAGUCGGUCGGAAAUUUUUCCACAUUUUAUAAAUUUAAAUUUCAUCUAGAAAUACCUAGUGCUUAAAAAUGAAUUUAAAACAUUUACUCGUCAUCAUAAGUUUCUUAGGAUUAAAUUUAAGCAAAGCAGAAGGCGAUUUUGAUGAUUUUUGUACUUUAUCGGGAACAAUCAAAGGUCUCAAUGAUUAUUCAUCAAUUUUCAUCAAAUUGUUUAACAAACAAGGGAAUCUAAAAGAGAAGACCGAAGUGUCAGAAAGUGGAUUUUUCGUGUUACCAAUUUAUGAUAAAGGCGAAUAUACAAUCAAAGUCUCUGCCCCAGCUGGAUACAGUUUCGAACCCAAUGAGAUUUCGUUCAACUUUGAUGGAGUUGACGAUAUUUGUAGUCAAAACAAAGACGUUCACUUCAAUUUCAAAGGAUUUGGAAUCACAGGAAAAGUGAACAUUUUCAAUGAUCCAACAUAUGGAGCAGAGGGGGUGACAGUGACGCUUUUCAACGAGAAAAAUGAAAUUAUUUCAAAAACUACGACAGAUGAUUCAGGAAUUUAUACCUUCAGUCCCAUCGUUCCUGGAACUUACAAAGUCGUCGCUUCUCACGACUCUUGGCAUUUCUCAAAGUCGGAACAAUCUGUUGUUGUAUCAACAGGAAACACAAAACUGCCCGAUGACGCUUUGAUUGUUUCAGGAUUUAAUUUAAUCGGUCGUGUCACUCAACCCUCAAUCAAAAUGGGAUUUCUUGUUUAUAUUGCUAAAGGACAAAAGAACUUCGGCAAAUGUAAUGAGAAACUACCAUCAGGAGAUUUAAAACAAGAGAUUUCAUCUGAAUUCGAUUCACAACCAAUUUGCUUCACUUCAGCUGUCAACAACGGCGAAUUUGUUUUUCAUAAUCUCGCAAAUGGACGAUACUUGAUUGUUCCACAUGUUGAUAAGAACGACAUCGAAUUACAUCUGAGUCCAUCAUCAAUAAAAGCUGAAAUAAAACGCGAUAAUUAUGAGACGAAGGAGUCAUUUGAAAUCAGCGGAUUUACUGCUUCUGGUCAUGUUUUUUUGUCACAACAAGAGAGAAAAGGAAUAAAAGCAGCUUCUGUUAAGUUGAAUGGGAAACAAAUAGCGACGACAGAUGCCAAAGGUUUUUAUACUCUCAAGAAUAUCAAAGAAGGAACUUACACAAUUCAAGUAUCAGCCGAAGAUCUUCAGUUUCAAGAUCACACAGUGAAAAUUUCCAUGUCGAAUCCAAACGUUCCCGACAUUCACGUCUCUGGAUUUAAAGUGUGCGGUAAAGUGAUGUCUGAACAAAGUUUCAUGGUUGCAAUCAGAAAAAUUGGCUCAACAUUCUUUGUGAGAACAAAAUCGGAUCCUAAAGAUGGAGGAAGUUUUUGUGAAUUCCUUGGAAAUGGAAAAUAUUCACUCGAAGUGUUGAUUGAUGAAGAUGACAAGAAUGUUCAAUUUUAUCCGAUUCAACAGACAAUCGAAGUCAACUCAGCGACAAUCUCAGACAUUAUAUUCUCACAACUUCGAGCUAAAGUAGUUGGUGCUGUUUCAUGUUUGGCUGUUAAUGACUUUCGGUGUAAUGAAGUUGAAGUGACGUUAAGUUCACUUGAUGAAAAUGGAUAUGAAACAUCUUUAUUGAAAGCGAAGAGUGUGAAAGGCGAAUACACGUUUGAUGAGAUUCUUCCAGGACGUUAUCAAGUGACGGUGCCAUCAGAUGAAUUAUGUUGGGAAACUCAUCAACAAAAUAUUGUCGUAAAGUCAACACUUGAAAAUGUUCCACGAUUCAAACAUGUCGGCUUCAAAAUUGGACCGAUUAUUGCUAGUCAUGAUUGCAAGGGUUCAUAUAAAUUAAGAACUGAAUCAAAGGAUGAGAAAGUUGUUGAGAAAAAAGAUUUUCCAUUGACAAGUGGCGCAAAUGUUUUUUGUGUUUCAACACCAGGAAUUUAUGAUCUCAAAGUUAGCGGAUGUCAUGUUUUUGAAGAAGACACAAAAGUAUUGACAACGAAAGAAUCUUCUCCUGUUUACAUCAAUGCUUUGAAGCAUCGAAAUGGAAUAAGAAUUUUGAGUGAAAUGAAUCAACAAUUCACAAUUGAAGCUGAGUUUGAAGAUGGAACGAAGAAGCUUUUGAAACCAGUUGAACAGAAAGAAAGAGUCGAUGGUUAUGUUGCUUACAUUGUCAACAUUGAUCUCAAAUCAGGCGAAAAAGUGAAACUUAUCCCAAAGAGUGAACAAAUGCUUUUUAAACCAGACCAAACUGAAUGGAAAGGAGCGACAGAUUGCGUUGAUGUUGCAUUUAAUUUCAUUGCAACAAAAGGUUUAGUAAUAUCAGGAAAAACUGAUCCAUCAAUUGUUGACGUUGUGGUUAGUCUGAGCUUUCCAAAGAAUCCUGAACAUUCACCAAUGACAACAACUACAAACGCAGCUGGUGAAUUUAGAUUUCCAACAAUUGAUCCCACCAUUGAUUAUGAGCUGAAAGCUGAGAAGGAAAGUUAUAUUUUCUCAGAAUAUGACAACAGUCGUAACUUAUUCCAUGGCCAUAAACUUUGUGAGAUUAUCGCAAUCGUUAAAGAUGAAGAUGGAAAAGAAUUGUCAAAUGUUGUCAUCUCAAUUAGUGGCGGUGAAAAUUAUCGUAAAAAUCUUGCGACAGCAUCAAAUGGGGAGAUUAAAUUUCAUUCACUUCGACCUGGAAAAUAUUAUCUUCGUGCAAUGAUGAAGGAAUAUGAAUUCAAGCCAAAUUCUCAGACACUUGAGAUUAAAGACGGAGAAACCGUGAACAUAAAUCUUGUUGGCAAACGCGUUGCUUAUUCAGUCUUUGGAAAGAUCAGAAAUUUGGGUGGCGAUCCAUUUGCGAAUGUGCAAGUUGAAGCAGUUUCAAUAACUGAAGCUUGUGGUAAUCAUCAAGAAGAAACUGUGUCUGAAUUUAAUGGACUUUAUCGAAUUCGAGGACUUCAAAGUGGUUGCGAAUAUAAAAUCACGUUGCAGAAGAAUGCAAAUGUUGAACGAGCGAUUCCAAGUGAGAGGAACAUCACAGUUCAAGCUGCUGACACUGAGAAUGUCAACUUCAUUGCGAUGAUUCCAAUAACAAUUUGUGAUGUGAGCGUGAAAAUAAGAUCAAAGAACAAUGAACAUUACAAGACAUUGAAACUUCAAAUGUUUAAAAGAGAAUCACCAGACACGCCAGUGUUCUCGCAACGUCUUGAAACGCUGAUGGUUCCUAAAGUUAAACAUCAUAGCAACAUCAUGGUGUUCAUUCCUAGAAUCCAAUCAGUUGAUUUCCAAAAAGUUUUCAUCAUUGAAAUAACGACAACAUUGAAUGAGAAGAAUUACAAUUUUAAACUUCCAUCGUUUCAAUUCACAGCCAACAAGACGAGUUACUACUUCGAAGUUGACUUUAAUCCAAUCUUGAAGCAACCGGAAACUGAACUGAACAAGAAUUCGCUCGUUGCUCUGCUUCUCAUCUUUUUAGUUGGUUUUGUUUUCCUUAAACAUGAACUUGUCUUUGACACUGUCAGCAACUUAUGGAUGAAGUUUAACAGUGAUGUCGCUAGUCGACAACCGAUUAAAAAGACUGAAGGAAAAGGAGACAAUUUCAUUGACGAAAGAGAGAUCAAUCAACUUGCGCAAUAUAUCGAAGAGAGGAAGAAGAAGAAGUCCAAAAAGAACAAUUAGUUGGGUGUGGGUGGUUUCUAAAUAGUAAUUUGGGGGGAGUGAAGAUUAAUUAGACAAGAGAAAGUAGAAUAAAUAAUUGAUUAAUUGAAUAAU